UGUGGUAGUCGGGAAAUUUUUACCACAGACUCAGUGAAUGAUGGGCAACAAAAUGCACCUUUUAGAUUUUCAACAGGAUCACUUUCAUUUUCUUUUAUCAAUUGUACAAAAAAGUUGCAAUUGACUCGCCUAUAUAGAAUAAAUUGAUCGAUGUUUCUAUGGGAAUAUUGACAAUAUUUAUAAUCUGUUUGAAGUUAGAAAACAUGUUCUAAUUUUAAUCUCGCUUUUAUUUUGUUAAGGAUUUACUUAAUAAAAACCGGUAUAUCGCAGCUCAAGGUCCAACAGAAGAAUCAUUGAAUGAUUUUAUUCGUAUGAUAUGGGGAUUACAAAUAACAAGUAUUAUAUGCACAGCAAACGAAAUUGAAGGCGGACGAUAUAAAUUUAAAAGAUAUUGGCCGGAGGACACGAAUCCGAUUGUUAGUGGAGACUAUCGAAUUAGUAAAAAUGAUUCGCGUGAAAAAACGUUUACAUGUAAUAACUAUGAGAUACGACCGUUAACAAUUAGUUAUGGAAACAAGCAACAUCAUGUAUUAUUGUAUCACUUUUUACAUUGGCAAGAUCACGAUACGCCCAAUGAAGAAGAAUCUAUUCUCGAACUGUUAGAUCGUUUAUAUAAAGAUAGAAACUUAGCACCUGACACUCCGAUUCUUGUCCAUUGCAGCGCUGGUUGUGGUCGUACUGGAACUGUUAUAGCCAUUGAUUUAUGUCGUACAAUAGUAAAUGGUGAAGUGCCGCUAAAUAGUGAAGAAUAUCAAACAGAACCUGUAUAUAAAAUAGCAACCCACAUUCGUCAAUUUCGUAUUGCAUUAAUUCAAACAGUUAAACAGUAUUAUUUUGUUUAUAAAAUGCUUUUAUUUAUUAUAAAAAACAAUUCAGGAUAUUCCGAAGAACAACAUUUAAGUUUUGCAAAUUAUCAAGAUACUGAUGAAAACUCUGUGCAACAACGACAUCAAAUCUCAAAUAAAACAUCACCACCAUCAAGUUCCGAAUAUCAACGUCGACGACCUUCUGAACCAUCACAAAUAAUUAGAUUACAAAGUGUCCCAUUAUCACGCCGACGUAAUGCAAAUGAUUCACCAUCGCCAACAACUCCAGUUACUCCUGAAUUUUUUAAUAGUAAACAACCGCCUUUCUCAUCUUCGUCAACAACAUCAGAAAAUCUAGAUUUAAAUAAAUUAAAUGAGCUGUCUAUCCAAUCCCAAUCAGUUCUGCCUCAAACAGAACGACAACAAAUUCAAGUUAAACUAGAUGAAUCUAUUAAACUAGGUCAAAUAUCGUUAGGAGCCCAACAUUCUCCUCCAACAUCUCGACGUUCAACAACAUUAUCGAAUCGUCAACAACAUCAUACAUCUUCAAUACCAAAUUAUAAUCGUCGUUCAUCUUUAUCAUCCUAUUAUAAUCCUAAUUCUAUUAAUUUAGAUGAUUUGAUAUUAGAAACACUACAUUUAAUUCGAACUGUUGUAGACACAGAUCAAGAACCACGUGCCAUGUUAAUUGUAUCAAGAAUCGCAAAUAGAGAAGAUAAUUGGAUUGAUGUUGUGAAUGCUCUUAUUGAACGUAUUCCAUUAGAUGAUCCUUUAGGUCCAACAGUUAUUGCCCUAUUAUUAGAUGAAUGUUCAUUACCAUCUAAAGAACUUUUACAACAAUUAAUUCUAAGAAUAUGUUCAAAUAAUCAUUUAAGAUGUAAAACAAUUACAUGUAUGAUCCAAGAUCUAAUUCAAACUGAGCAAAAACAAAAAUCAAUUAUACCAUCGAUUGAAAAUUGUGUUGGUCAUGUGAAUAGUAGUCAUGAUGCAUUGGUACCACUGAAAACAACGGGCGAUGAUGCAUUGAUGUAUUUGAAUGAUACACAACAACAACAGUCUAAGACAAAAGUACAUGAUUUUCCAUCUCUACCAAAACAAGAAACUGAUGAAAAUGAUAGUCAUGAAUAUUCUCUCCCAUCUCCUUCAUCUUCUUUUAAACGAUAUUUAUUAAAACGAUCGUCUAACACAAGUUCUGAUCAUGAUACUAAUCGUAAAUUAUCAUACAGUAAAAAUGAUAAUCAAACAUGCAGUAUUGAUUUACAUCGUGAAAGAAAUACACUAGUUGUACUCGGAUGUUUAGCCGAAAAACUUGUUGGUCCAACAAGUUCAGCAAUGUUAAAUACACAAGCACUUGAUUACAUUAUUGAUCGCGUCUAUAUUGGAAUAUAUUGCAUGAAUGUCAUAAAACCGCAUAAUAAUCAACAAUACAAUGGAAUAUUGAAAACGGUUUUAUUUGCUCUAAUUGCAAUAGAAAAAUUUUCUCAAACAUCAGAAUCGAAACAUAUAUUAUUAAAUGCAAUGACAGUCAAAAAUGAUAAUGAUGGUGAAGAUUACCAUGAUUAUCAACAAGAGGGGUUAAAAAAAACAGAAAAAACUGAAGUUGUUUUGGAAUAUUUUGAGCAAUGGUGUACAUCAACAGACUGUCUUAAACGUCAAAUAGGAUUUUAUGCACAAUGGUUAUUGGAUAAUGUAUUUAUAUUGAAACAUCGUCGUUUCAGUUAUGAAAAUAUCAAUUUAAAAUCGAUUAAUGUGAUGUUAAAUGAUAAAGAUGUUAGUGAAUAUCUAAAAAUCGGUCCAAAUGGACUUGAAGCACGAAGUGAUACUGUGUCAUUUGAAAGUGUUCGUUGUACAUAUCACGUCAAUAGCGAUUGUUGGUAUUAUGAAGUAUUAAUUGUUACAGAUGGUGGUAAGUAUGGCGACGUCAUGGUAUAGUUAGUUAGUUAGUUAGACCCGCUACCAUUUCUGGUGUAGGGUGAGAAUAAAACAUCAGGAAAAAAAUAACACAAAAAGAAAAGAGUGUUCAAUUUGACGGAAGUAGUGUUCGUUUCUAUUGAAAAUUGAACUAAGUUAAUUAUCAAGAUACCACCCUCUGUAAUCAGUUUAAGUGAUACCCAUCAUU